AUGCCUUCUUACAACGGCAAGUGCCACUGCGGCCACCAUCAAUGGGAAGUGGAGCUCACUGCAGACCAAUCCAAGCACAUCCUAUGCCACUGCAACACUUGCAAGAUUCUCAGCGGAGGUGCCUACACGAUGAACCAAAUCAUCCCCAAGUCACAGCUCAAACUCACCAGCGGCGGCGAGCCAUCCAAGUACAUCUACUACGGAGACAGUGGCAAGGCGGUCAACUGCUACUUCUGUCCAAAGUGUACCACGCACAUUUACCACCACCAGGAAGUCAUGGGUCCGGAUACCAUUGUUGUUCGCACUGGUCUGCUUCAGGAGGGUCGUGAGAAGUUUCCUGUCGCUGCUGAGAUCUAUGGCAAGGCUAAGAUGAGUUGGGAGCCGAAGAUUGCGGAGACGUUUGAUACGCUUCCUCCUUCUUAG